UAUCAACCAAUCGCUGUUUCAAGACAGAGACACCAAGGAGGUGUACUUCCUGUGUUUCGUGAGAGAAGAAUGGGGCAGGAGAGAGGAGAGAGUUUUGUAUGUUUUUUACCAGGGGGGCCCACACAGGCAAUCAUUUCAGCAGCAGAGGGAAGGGAACAGGACUGAAGUAGUGGACAGAGGUUAGUUUGAUUUAUUAGAGAUCUCCCUGUCCAGCCAGAGCGACCGAGAAGACAAGACAGAGAGAAGGAGGAGGGGAAGGAUAAGUGUCAAUCUGUUGAGACUUGUUUGGGAAUUUGAGAAAGGAGGGGAGGUGGGGAGAGACAGAGAGAGGCAGCUUGAGGAAAAAGCCAGAAAGGCUCAGGCGUAAACAUUAAAUUUUUCAUGGGAGUUAACGUAUUGAGAGCAAAAGAUAAAGAUCGAUUUAUCAGAUGAAAAGGAGGACUUUGGCCAUCCAGACAAUGUGAGUACAGGAAUGAAUUCUUAUGUGUUGUGCAAUCCCAUGCUUUUGAGCUAAACUGGACCCGAGGGGGGAGACCGCAGAUCUCCCCAGGAUACCACGUUCAGGUUCUUCACAUUAUGAGACUAUGGGGACCAAAAGGACCGGCUACACCCUCUUUGACACUUUAUCUAACAUAAACACAUCUGACCGUAAACUUCAGCCAGGUGGAAAAAUCUCUCGGGAUCCAAGUCCCAGGCCAGCAAUGACUGCCCAGUCAGAACGACAGAGAGAAGACAACCGAGAGGAAGACUGGAGGAGAGAAAGAGAAACAGAGAAAAUGAGGGAAAAAGCAAGAUACAAAGAUAUGGACCCACGGGAGAGAUACUAUGAGAGAGAUCGAGCUCCUGCACCCCGAAUGAGAGAGGGAGAAAGAGACUGGAGGGAGAGGGAGAGGACGCAUGAAGAUGACGGGAGCAGAAAUGGGAGGCCUCUGUCAAAUGUAGAGAAGGAGACUGAGAGAGAAGUGGAGAGGGGGAUGAAGAAAGGUGAUACAUUUCCCAGAAUGAGAACGAGCAAUGCAGAUCAUAGCAGAAAAAUGACUGCCACCGCUGAGAUGGAUGAAGAGAGAGGCGAAAGGAGGCACAGGUAUAGGCCGAAAAGAGAAGAGACAGAUGAGUGGGAGAGAGAAAGAGCGAGGGCAUGGCAGAGAGAGAAGUACAGAGAGUGGGAAAGAGACGAAAUCAGAAGCAGGGCAAGGGAAGAGGGACAAAGCACUGGACGAAGACCUGUAGAAGAUGAGAAAUCGCAACAGAGGGAAAGGUAUCAUGGAUUUGGUAUGCGAGACAGGAGAAUAGAAGUGGGUGAUUCAUGGGACAGAAGAGAGAGAGAUGCAACUAGAAAGACAGAAAAGCCAAGGCCUGACAUGGGAAAGAGGGAUACCAGGGUUGCUUCUCCACACAGAAGAAGAGACAGGGAUAUGUACUCAGAUAGGAAGGAGAGGGAAAAGACGCAAAGGAGACAGGGAUGGAGGGACACCAGGAGUGAAGGCGACAGUGAUGAGAGAGAGCUGAGGAGGGAGAGAGAGAGGGACAGAGAGAGGGAGGAGCUGCAAUACCAACACAGCAGAAGUGAGGGGGACAACACAGGCAAAACAAGGAGGGAGAGAGAUCGAGAUAGGUAUGGAUACAGGGAAGAAGACAGGCAGAGAUACAGAGACAGGGACAGAGAGAGAGAAAUGGAUCGAUCCAGGAGGAGGGGGGUGGAGAAGGAUAGGGAGAGGUACCGAGAGGUUGACAGGAGAGCAGACAGGGAGGAAAGUGUGAGACACACGAAGGGUGACCGGAGAGAGGAUGACAGAUACAGAGACUACAAACAGAGGAGAAGCAGGGAAAGAAAGGAAAGAGAGGCAAGUCCUCAGUGGGAUGAUUCAACAGGCAGAGACAGUCGAUCCCUGAGCGAGACGCCUCCCAGGGUGCCGCCACGAGCCCAGAGCAGUGGAGAGUGGAGCACUACCGAAAGUGACAGAGAUGUAGAAGAACAGAGAAAUCCCGAGAGAGGUGCUGAAAGAAGUCAAAGGGAGCAAAAAAGGAGUGAGAGACAAGAGAGCGACAGAGGAGAGCCCACCAGCAGUGUGUCAGAGCAGAGGAGGAUGUGGUUAGAGCCACAGAGGGGAAAGAAUAGUAAAGAAGAAUUUGAAGACAGAGAGAGACAAACGAGAGAGUGGAGUAUGGCGUCACAGUUUGAAUGGGGAAGAGAGGGGCAGAGAGUAAAAAAGGAACCAGAUCAGAAGUACUUUGACCAAAGAGCUAACAGAGGAAGACAUGCAGAGGGAAAUGAGUACAGGGGAAACAUAGAAAGAGAGACAGAGGGUGUAAGUGUAGAUGGAGAGGAGGUGGGUGAAGCCUGGAGAGAAAUAGAUAAGGGAGGGAAGGAACGUCUGUCUGACAGCGAUGGAGGGAUAGAGGAAAGCUGGCGAAGGGAUGCAAAGGGAGAGAACGUGACAGAUAACACAGAGGAGAGUGACACAGAGGAAGAGGGUGGGAGCGAUUACUGGGUCCGCUCUGACAGCGAAGGAGGAAGUGAGACAGGGUUGAAGCAAGACAGAGACAGAAUGCUGUCAGGAGAGGAUGGCUUUGUGACUGUGUCCAGUGGCGGAGACGAGGAGAACGAAGGAGAAGAAGAUGAAGAGGAGGAAUUUGAGGACUGUCAGGAGUUCUUGGAAUUUGGAGUUGCGUAUGACAGCCCUUCACCUGCUGCCUUCAAGGGACGAGAGGAAGACGAGGAGGGGGAAGAGGAAUGGACAGUGGGUAAAGAGGAGACGGUUGAUGAGGACAAACAGCAGACGGAAAAGCAGCCAAAAUACGUCUUCUGUGUGAUUGGGCAAACUUUGCCUCGAGCAAAGACUGGUGAGAAGUCACUGUCACAAGUUGAUCAGGCGAAGGGAGUGGAAAGAGAUGACCCAAGUUUAAAAAGUCAUCACUGUAGUGACGACAUCACACAGCAACCUCAGGAUGACCUGCAUCAAACACCGAGUAGAGAUGAUAAAUAUGCAAUUAUCAACAACCAGGAGAGCAAGAGUGGGUGUAACAUGCCACGCGAGGAAAGGGCAGCCACGGGAGAAACAGCCGAGGUGGAUAUCACAUACAGAGCGUCACCAGAGCCUCAAAACACAGACAGUGACAAGGCAAUGAGGUGCAUAAAGGAGCACCCAUAUGCAGAAAUAGGGCCGAUUAACAGAGACUCACAGACUGAAAGACUCCUCAUUGAGUGGAGAGAGAAAAAUAAAUUGGACAAGGAAAGAGAGAGGGAGCAACCUCUGCCAGUUCCGAGUAAUCCUUAUGCUGAUGUUUGUCCUCAGGUGAAUUUUGAACAAAUUCAGCCCAUCCUGGAUGGGAUUAACACUGCAGCAAUGAGCCCAGAAGACGUGGAGGCCAUUCGGAUCCGACUGAGCGGGGCAUGGAGCAUGUCCGAGGAGCCCAAGAGACAUUCCCAAGCCCCCCACCUUAAAUGGGCCAAAAAUGUGGUGCGGGAGAUUCUGGGACACUCAGAGGAACAGAAUUUGGAUGAACCAAAUGUAGAUGUACAAAGAGAUCAAGGUAUCAACGAGCCUGAGACAGCUGUCAGGGACGGCGAACAACUGGAGGAGGCUGCACAUGAGGCCGGGGAGAUGCCUGUUGUUAAGCUGAGAACAGACGACCAUCACUCAGAAGCAGAGCUGGAUGAGGAAGAGCCGCUGGAGUUGGAGGGAUUGAGAGGUAUGGGGCAGAGCCAAGCUGACAUGCAUGCUGACCAGUUCACAGCGAUGCAUGGUGACACACCGACAUACACUCAUGCUGACACAUUGUUAAACACAGAAGGGAAGAAGGAUUACAGUAUGGACAAAGAGACGGAGCCCUCUGGUCACUUUCAGUUAGACAAGCCAGAUAUAGAAAUUAAUAUUAGUGAGAAGGAAGGUGAUGAGGUUAAUUUAUCAGAAAUGGAGAGAGAAGCAAGAAGAGAGAAGGAAGUGGACAUGUAUUUAUCUGUGAGCAACACACUGUACAAACCUAACAGCUGCCCCAUUCUUAGUUUUGAAACUGAGUCUGACCUCCAUGUCCCCUCAAGAGAGGGUGAGGGCCAGGAGGUUGAAGAGAGAAUGGGUGAAAGCGAAGAAGAAAGAUAUGGAGAGGAGUGUGACGAGAGGGGUACUACAGAGGAGGUGGUUAAGAUGAGGGAAGGAGAGGGAACUGAGGUGGAUAGCAGAGAGGCAGAGGCAAAGAAUAAAAUAAAAGGGGGGACUCUGAUGAGCAGCUGCAGUUUCCGAGAUUUGGGUCCUGAGGCUCGAUUACGAAGAAGGGGAAUCCGUAAAACCACUGAAAGAAGAGAUGGAGAGCAUGUAGAAGUGGAAGAGGAGGAAGGUGUUGCAAGGGAUCGCAGGACCAGAAUAUUCUCAACAACAGAUGACGAGGAUAAUCGGAGUAAAAGCUGGGGAGAAGUAGAGCUGAGGAAUGUUUUGGAGACAAUUGACAGACAGAAAAGGAACUCAAAAUUUUUCAAUGCCCAGCUCUACCAGCAGUACAGCGAAGCCGCUCAGAACUUUGAGAUCCUGCGUCAGGCUCGCUCUGAUGUCACCUCUCUGUGUGAGGAAAGUACCCGGUCCCCUGCUCCUUCACCUCCUCCUGCCCGCAGACCUCUUCCUCCCCUACCUCCUGUCAGGCACCCCCACUCCUUGUCCCACACAGGCUCCAUCACCAGCGCUAAGAGCCUGCCCCUGCCUGAACCGCCCAGGAGCGAAGGCAGGCCUUCCUCCCCACGUCUGUCCAUCUCUCUGACACAGUCGUCCACACUGUGGCGAGAGCUGCCGGCGGUCAGGAACAGCUCUGAGCUGGAGGAGCUCACGGAGGACCAGAGGCGACUGCAGGAGGUGAGAUUUGAGGUGGUGACCUCAGAGGCCUCCUACUGCCGUAGUCUGGACAUUGUCAUCGAACACUUUGUUAAGUCCAAACAGCUGGGGGCGCUGUUGACCACUCAGGACAGCAACUGGCUGUUCUCCAGGCUGGCGGAUGUUCGUGCCAUCAGCCACAGUUUUUUAUCGAAGCUGGAGGAGCGGUUAGAAUCAGACAUCAUGCACUUUACCGUGUGUGAUAUCAUCGUUCGGCACUGUCAGCGCUUCAGAAUGGUUUAUGUGCCCUACCUCACCAACCAGUCCUAUCAGGAUGCCACCUACCAGAGACUCAUGAAUGAGAACCCAGGGUUCAAGAGGAUUGUGGCAAAAUUAGAGAGGAGUCCCGUUUGUCAGAGGCUUCCUCUUCGUUCCUUCCUUGUCCUUCCUUUCCAAAGGAUCACAAGAAUUAAGCUGCUGGUCCAGAACAUUGUGAAGAGAACAACUCCUGGUACUCCAGAGGCGACUCAGGCCAUCAAAGCUUUGAAACUUCUGGAGAAGCUCAUUCAAGAGAGCAAUGACAGCAUCACUCAGAUGAAAAGUAUUGAGUCACUGGUUUCUCUCAGUGCCAAGGUGGACUUUGAAUGCAGGACCCUUCCUCUGAUCAGUCAGUCUCGGAGGCUGGUGCGUGAAGGACCGGUCACCGAACUGAUAGAUUUCUCCCUAAAGGAUACAGAGAGGAAUAUUUAUUUGCACCUAUUCAAUGACUACUUGCUACUUUCACUACAAAAAGAGGGAGGGAGGUUCACAGUGAUUGACCACUCUCCCGUAUCAGACCUGCGUGUAGAGAACUGCCGCGUCAAACUUCACUCGCUCCAGAAGAACCUGUUCCGGUUGCACAUGUCACACAAAGCCCUGCUGCUACGGACUGACACACAGAGUGAUAAGCUACGCUGGAUAUCGGCUCUUUCCCGGCCACAUCCUGAAAUAGAUUUUUCUGCUGCACAAGACUUUCCACAGAUGCAGUGUAUCCGAGCUUUUGUUGCCCAGCAGCCCGACGAGCUCUCACUGGAAAAAGCUGAUAUUAUUCUAGUGCACCAACAAAGCAGUGACCACUGGGUAGAGGGGACCAGACUGUCUGACCGGCAACGUGGAUGGGUUCCUGAGUCCCAUCUGGAGACCAUAAGCAACUCUAGAGUCCGACAACGCAACCUGUCAGAUGCUCUCAAACUGACAGCGGUCACAGCUGCUGUUUGACCAGGGUGCUGGGAGUGGGACUAAAAGGAGGAACGUCCUGGAUUCACGCCAAGGAUCAGACUCGGUUGUCUGCUCCAAACUGCUGGAAACAGAACUAUGGACAUUAAGUGCUAUAGUAUCGGAAUGUUCGCAAGCAUGCAGCAAAUGAAAUGCUGUGAGAAUAGAUCUCAUUGGGUUUCUCUUGUUUCAGUUGGUGGAACAAUAUAUUGCCUCAGAGCAAUGUAUGAACUGCUGAGAAAUGCCUAGAAGCAUUAAAGUCUAUGUGAUCCAGUUAACUGGUAUCUACAGUACAUUACAAACAUUGGGUGUACCAUAAUACAUCAAUAAACAGGUGUUUUGAGAAAAAUAGUUUUAAAGAUGUUUGGAAAAUGUAUUAUUUGUGUAUAUUGAACAGAAUCUAAUAGUUGAGCUAAUGAUUCAUGUCUACUGCAAAGUUUGCCCCUUCAUGUAGGAGGGGUGACGAAAAUCAGGCAAAAUGUACGAGACAAUUCAGAAAUGUGAGUGAAAACAUUUCAGUAACUUGAGAUUUAACUUAAGUUUGAUGGAAUAAAAUCACUUUUGGACUAA